AGCGCGGUGACGUCAGCGCGCACGCCCCGGCCCUCCUCCCCCUCCCGCCCUUGCUGCCCAGGCGAGGAGACCCCGCAGCGAGCUGCCAACGCCCGGCGGAGGAGAGCGAGAGCGCCCUGCGUGAGAUUAAUCUUGGACCUGAUAAAGUAGCAGACUUCAGCUAUGCAGACGAUUAAGUGUGUAGUUGUGGGUGAUGGUGCUGUUGGUAAAACAUGUCUUCUAAUUUCUUACACAACAAAUAAAUUCCCCUCUGAAUACGUACCAACGGUGUUUGAUAACUAUGCUGUAACAGUGAUGAUCGGUGGAGAGCCAUAUACCUUAGGCCUCUUUGAUACAGCAGGACAGGAAGAUUAUGACAGAUUACGGCCCCUCAGCUAUCCACAGACAGAUGUGUUUCUGGUCUGUUUCUCAGUGGUCUCGCCAUCUUCAUUUGAAAAUGUGAAAGAAAAGUGGGUACCUGAAAUCACUCACCAUUGUCCAAAGACUCCCUUUUUGCUUGUUGGGACCCAAAUUGAUCUCAGAGAUGACCCUUCAACAAUUGAGAAACUUGCCAAGAAUAAGCAGAAGCCUAUCACUCCUGAGACUGCUGAAAAGCUGGCACGGGACUUGAAGGCUGUCAAAUAUGUGGAAUGCUCUGCACUCACACAGAAAGGCCUAAAGAAUGUAUUUGACGAGGCGAUAUUGGCUGCCCUGGAGCCUCCGGAGCCGAAGAAGAGCCGCAGAUGUGUGCUGCUAUGAACAUCCCUUCACGGCCCCCUUCUGCAAAGCUGGUGUUGAUGUCAUACUAAAAGCAAUGUUGAAAUCAAACUAAAGAUUCAGAUUUUCCCAUUUGUUUUUGCAAUAAUGACAAAUGUCGUGCACCCUCUUCCCAUUCGCUCCCUGUGUGAGAUGCAAAUGUUAGUGCUCUUCCUCCAGUGCCCUUCAGUUAGUUGAAUUUUUUUUUAAAAAAAAAUAAUAUUGUAUUUCAGCAAACACUGAUCAGUACUAGGGUUUUUUGUUUGUUUACUGUUUAAUUUCUUUGUUUUUAAAAUUCAGGCAUGCUUGUGGUGAUUUUUCUCUGUAACAGACUAACUUUUAGGCUCUGGCCUCCAAGCCUUUCCCCAUCAUGCCAGGCUGGCGCUGCUUGGAUUCUUUGAUCUUCUGUGGCCAGCUUGCAGUCUAGGGGGAGCAGGUUUCAGUCCUUGGAACGUAUUCUGGAAAUGAGAAUGUCCCAAAACUGGUGCUCCAUUGAAGAGGGGUGUAGUUCAUCCUGCACCUCCUCUGAAGUUGCCUUCAAUCUGUUUCCCUUUCUUUUCUCCAAGCAGGUCAGAAAUUCCCAUCUUGCCCUUUAAAACAUGAAAUGUGUAAACAAGUCUUUUGUUUAUAUAUUACGCCAAAAGCUUUUUUUUUUUUGGGUGUGUAACGCACACACACAUCUACACAAACCCCACCUAACUUUGCCAAUUACUAAUUCUUUUGUAGUUAGUUUUCAAAACUUGACAUUAUUAGGCAUUAAUUGAAAGGGGAGAACUGCAUCUUUUUAAAGUUAGUGCAGUCCAUUGGAUUUGCUAAACAACCAGCCCUCUCUCUUGGCAAGCAGAGGCUUCUGAUCAGCCACAUGAGUGAGAUUUUGAAACCCACUCACAUGGCCUUUGCCUGCUGUAAUGGAGGGUUGAAGCUAACCAGCUGACUAUGCCGCAAAACGGUUUAGCAUUCUCUUUGAAGAGGGGGAAGGAGACACGCCUCCAUCAGGAGAAAAUAUGGAUGGGAAAGAUGUUCAAUACGGCACCUUGGGGACCAGUAGAGGAAUUACCUUAAAAGUGCAUUGUGUGUCAGCAGCUCUUGCCUCCCCAGGUUGUUGCUUAGUAUAACACACCAUGUGAGGGUCUUUGACUCCAGUGUUAAUAGGGAUCUUACUAGAACUAUACUCUGGCUUAAUAUUUCUCAGUCUUCCCAAAUUCUAAUUCUUAUAGUCUCGUUAGUGUUGAACUGAUGCUUUUUUCCAUGUCUAAGUUCUUUGUAUAUGCAUUUUUCAGAUGUAUUAAACAUAAAGUAUCUUCACAA